AUGUGCUUCGUAGGCGUACAAUGGAAAGACAUAGCAGGGCAACCUGUAGCGUUCACUACAGGGAUUACAGAACUAACCGCAAGUCUCGACUGUGGAAAAAAGUGCUAUAUGUCGUGUACAAGGACUGAAGCUGUCACUACAACUGAAACUGUUACGCAGGACCAAGCCGAUCUUGUAUUGCACCUACAUCCGAACAAUGAGCGACCGCACGUGAACUGGACCACCGAUACAGUGGACAAUGAGAAUAUGGGUAAAAAGAAGAGCAAAUGUUGUUGUAUAUAUAAGAAGAAGAAGACGUGGAAUGAUGGUAGCAGCAGUAGUGACGAUUCGGACUGUGAGACCGGAAACUGUCGAGGGCAUGUGGAGAAAAGGCACGAACAUCACAGCGAUCCAGCAGGCGGAGAUGGAGGUGCUGAACCCUGCCAUCGAGAGGCACAUUCCCUGUCACGGAUUUUGGCGCAGCGUCGUGUUUUGUAUUUCGAUUGGAAUAUUAACACACAUCGUCGUGUCCCUCACGCAUAA